UACUCAUUUCGCGCGUCCUCUCCCUCCAGUCGCUUCUGCCGCGGCCGAUCCACUCCGCCAAUUCGUUCGGAAAGUCGUCAUCCCCGAUCGGGAGGGCUGCCCUCGUUUCGAACGCGCGUUUCGCCCCGAAUCAGCGGUGAAUUGUUGUUGUUUUUUUGUUUUUGUUUUUUUUUUUUGGUCAAAAACUGCAUCCGCUUCCGACGUGCGAAACAGAGGAGAUUCGAACAUCGUUCGAUUUCCAUGAGCUUCCUGCGGGAUUCGAGAUUCGAAAAAUUCGCGUACAUCGAUGACGAAGUAUAAUGAGGCGCUCGUUUGCCGCUGUAAAGUACAACGAGAGUACCGUAAAAACGUCGUCGCGAUUCCGGUUUCCCGUUGACGUUUGAUCGUUCGUCGAAUUCAAUUUGGAUUAUGUGAUGAAUUCGAGCUGCGACCGAUUGAUCCGGUAAUUAUGAAAAGCGACGCUCCAGGCGGGAGCGAAGUUCAUUCGAUGGAGCGAAGCAACACUUCUGUGGAUUGUUCUAACAACGCGACGAGUUUGCCGUACGCGAUAAGGAAUCUGUCGCUGUUUAACCCCACGGAGAACGGGACGUUGCCACCCCAGUUCAGAUUCACCGAACAAUCGCUGAGCGUCGUGGUUGUUUACUGUCUUUUGUUCGUCGUAGCCGCCGUCGGAAAUUUGACGGUAUUCAUAAGCCUGUUCAGAGGGAGACACAGGAAAUCCAGAAUAUCGCUCAUGAUGUCGCAUCUAGCCGCUGCCGACCUACUCGUCACCUUCAUCAUGAUUCCUCUCGAGGUCGGUUGGCGUCUGACGGUGCAGUGGCUGGCGGGUAAUCUGGCGUGUAAAAUGUUUCUGUUUCUGAGGGCGUUCGGACUUUACCUGUCGAGCAAUGUCCUCAUCUGCGUAUCUUUGGAUAGGUACUUCGCAAUUUUGCAUCCGCUGAAGGUAAACGACGCCAGACGUCGUGGAAAAAUUAUGCUGGCCAUCGCCUGGGUGUGCAGCCUCCUUUACGCCGUGCCGCAGAGCGUCGUUUUCCACGUGUCCACGCACCCGAAGUACCCGGAAUUUCAGCAGUGCGUCACCUUCGGAUUUUUCAUGACCCAAGCCCAGGAGACGGGCUACAAUCUAUUCUGCGUUAUCGCGAUGUACUUCGGACCUCUGCUGGUCAUUUGCUGCACCUACACGAAAAUACUCUGCGAGAUAUGCAACAAGAGCCGAGAAGGAAAGCAACUGGAAAUCGGACGCUUCACCCUCAGGAGGUCGGACAUCAGCAGCAUAGAGAGGGCGCGGAGUCGCACCCUCAGGAUGACCAUCACCAUAGUCUCGGUGUUCAUACUCUGCUGGACCCCCUACGUAGCGAUGACCUUGUGGUACAUGUUCGACAGGGAGAGUGCGAUGCGCGUCGACGCCUCCGUUCAGGACGGUUUGUUCAUAAUGGCGGUCGGUAACUCGUGCGCGAAUCCUCUGGUCUACGGCAGUUACGUGGUGAAUUUUCGUCGGGAAUGUACCCGGUGUUUUUACCCCCGACAAUCGGCGUCACCGCCGCAUCAGGAGAACGCGGGGGUCAGAUUGGCUUGCAGGAGCACCGGCAAAUGAGAGUCGCACCCUGCACAUGGGGAAUUCAGCACGCAAAUUUAUUCGAUCGAUUUCACGCGGCACACCGACGACGACGAAUCGAGAUGUGCCAGACGAAACGAAUGCUCGUUCUGAUCUUAACGUGCGCGUCAUGGGAUAGAACGCCGCCGAAUUUUUUUCUCCACGUGCAGUGCGUAGAACUUGAACGAUUAAUGUAUAAAUGUUAAAAUCGUUUAGUUGGUAAGUUGUACGCAAAUAUCGUCGUUAGGGUGGCGCGAAGAAUGACUAUUUUUAUUUGCCGCGUCUCCGAUGGAAGUACAUCGGCGUUCCAACGAUAACAGUCCUCUCCGAAGGUCGGCCCGAAAAAGAACUUUUUAGGGGUCGCUUCAAAUUUGUGAAAAUUUACAAAAUUGUUGCAAAUUCAGUUUCUUUUUUUUCUUUUCGAUCCUUUUUCUUGUCAUUCUAUCGUAUUCUAGAUUGAAACCGAUGAAGAUUCUGAAAAUUUCAAGUCAAUAUUAGGUAUAUGUUUUCUAAAAGUCGACAAUUUUCUAAAUUUAAUUUUAGUCAAUGUUUAGAUUCAAAGAUCGUUGGCAGACAUUUUAAAUACUGUACUUUAAAAGUUCAGAAAACUUGUAACCACUUUUAAAAAGCGGAAUAUCGACUUGAAAUUAUCGGCAUCUCCAUCAUUUCCACCUGUGGGAUACAAUACAAUAACGAUUUGAGGGAAAAAGAAAUCGAUUUUUGACGAUUUUCGAAAUUUUCAAAAAUCUUUCUAAAAUUCUUUCUCCGAGUGAUUUUUCGGAGGGGGGCUCUUAGAACAUGCUGAACUAUGAUAUAAUUUCAUAGGUGACGCAGAAGAAGAAAAAAAAAAAAAAAAACUAGUCGUUUUUCCUCGCCACCCUAUAAUCGUCAUAUGAAUAUAGAUGGAAUAUUUUAUUACGUGAUAAUUAUAAAUUACUUAUAACGAAAUUAUUUUAUUAAUAAUAUUAGCAUAUAUAACGAAUAAAAUUUCCCUGUUACAUAAAUUGCAUCCGUACUUACGCUGGUACAAUAUACACGCAUACCUACCUAGAUGUGUAAGUCCCGGUCUUGUAUUGUAUAUUCAUGUCAAUAACGCAGAGCACGAGAAAGCAAGAGA